UCUGUGACUCUGUGCCGCAGCCAUGGUGGCGGGAAUGCUCAUGCCGCGGGAGCAGCUGCUGACCAUUUACGAGGUGCUGUUCCGAGAGGGUGUGAUGGUGGCCAAGAAGGACCCAAGGCCCCACACUGCCCACCCCCACGUGCCCGGCGUCUCCAACCUGCAUGUGCUGCGGGCCAUGGGCUCCCUGAGGUCGCGGGGCCUGGUCCGAGAAACCUUCGCCUGGCGCCACCAUUAUUGGUACUUGACCAACGAGGGCAUCGCCCACCUGCGCCAGUUCCUGCACCUGCCGCCGGAGAUCGUGCCCGCCUCCUUGCAGCGUGUGCGCCGCCCCGUUGCCAUGGUCAUGCCCGCGCGUCGCGGCCCUCACCCUCACGUCCAGGCCGUGCAGGGACCCCUGAGCUGCCCGCCCAAGAGAGUGCCCGCUGAGGAGAUGGCCCGCAAGGAGCGGCAGGGAUACCGCCGGAAGGAGGCUGAGGAGGGGCCGCCCGAGGCCCCUGUGGUGCCCAGGGCCAGCACUGCAACGUUGGCCAAGCCCUGCACGCAGCCAGCCCCGGACACAGAUGAGCGAGACCGGGUGCAGAAGAAAACGUUCACCAAGUGGGUCAACAAGCAUCUUAUCAAGGCCCAGAGACACAUCCGGGACCUGUACGAGGACCUUCGAGAUGGCCACAAUCUCAUAUCCCUGCUGGAGGUGCUGUCGGGGGACAGCCUGCCCCGGGAGAAAGGCAGGAUGCGCUUCCACAAACUACAGAAUGUCCAGAUUGCCCUGGACUACCUCCGGCACCGCCAGGUGAAGCUGGUGAACAUCCGCAAUGAUGACAUCGCGGACGGGAACCCCAAGCUGACCCUUGGCCUCAUCUGGACCAUCAUCCUGCACUUCCAGAUCUCGGACAUCCAGGUGAGUGGGCAGUCGGAGGACAUGACGGCCAAGGAGAAGCUGCUGCUGUGGUCCCAGCGCAUGGUGGAAGGUUACCAGGGCCUGCACUGUGACAAUUUCACCACCAGCUGGCGCGACGGCCGCCUCUUCAAUGCCAUCAUUCACCGGCACCGGCCCAUGCUGGUGGACAUGAGCAAGGUACUCCGGCAGUCCAACCUGGAGAACCUGGACCAGGCCUUUUCCGUGGCCGAGCGGGACCUGGGCGUCACGCGACUCCUGGACCCGGAAGAUGUGGACGUUCCGCAGCCCGACGAGAAAUCCAUCAUCACCUAUGUCUCGUCCCUGUACGACGCCAUGCCCCGGGUGCCCGACACGCAGGACGGCGUGAAGGCCAACGAGCUGCAGCUGCGCUGGCAGGAGUACCGGGAGUUGGUGGUGCUGCUGCUUCAGUGGAUCCGUCACCACACAGCGGCCUUUGAGGAGCGCACCUGCCCCUCCAGCUUCGAGGAGAUCGAGAUCUUGUGGUGCCAGUUCUUGAAGUUCAAGGAGACCGAGCUUCCCGCCAAGGAGGCUGAUAAGAACCGCUCCAAGCUGAUCUACCAGUCCCUGGAGGGUGCUGUGCAAGCUGGCCAGCUGAAGAUGCCCCCUGGCUACCACCCUCUGGACGUGGAGAAGGAGUGGGGCAAGCUGCACGUGGCUAUUCUGGAGCGGGAGAAACAGCUUCGCAGCGAGUUUGAGAGGCUGGAGCGGCUGCAGCGAGUGGUGAGCAAGCUGCAGAUGGAGGCGGGGCUGUGCGAGGAGCAGCUGAACCAGGCGGACGCCCUGCUGCAGUCGGACAUCCGGCUGCUGGUGGCGGGCAAGACGCCACAGCGGGCCUCCGAGGUGGAGCGGGACCUGGACAAGGCCGACUCCAUGAUUCGGCUGCUGUUCAAUGAUGUACAGGCGUUGAAGGACGGGCGCCACCCGCAGGGCGAGCAGAUGUACCGCAGGGUUUACCGGCUCCACGAGCGCCUUGUGGCCAUCCGCACUGAGUACAACCUCCGGCUGAAGUCGGGCGUGGUGGCCCCGGUCACUGCACCGGUCACCCAGGUGCCCCUGCAGAGGCGCCCGGAGCUGGAGGACUCAGCACUGCGCUAUCUGCAGGACCUGCUGGCCUGGGUGGAAGAGAACCAGCAGCGGGUGGAUGGGGCCGAGUGGGGCGGGGACCUGCCUAGCGUGGAGGCCCAGCUCGGCAGCCACCGGGGCCUGCACCAGUCCAUCGAGGACUUCCGCGCCAAGGUGGAACGAGCCCAGGCGGAUGAGGGCCAGAUCUCUCAGGCCAUGCGGGGCACCUACCGUGAAAGUCUGGGACGGCUGGAACUGCAGUUUGCCAAGCUACUGAACUCCUCCAAGGGCCGUCUCCGGUGCCUGGAGAGCCUGCAUGGCUUUGUGGCGUCGGCCACCAAGGAACUGAUGUGGCUGAACGAGAAGGAGGAGGAGGAAGUGGGCUUUGACUGGAGUGAGCGCAACACCAACAUGACAGCCAAGAAGGAGAGCUACUCGGCGCUGAUGCGUGAGCUGGAGCUGAAGGAAAAGAAGAUCAAGGAGAUCCAAAGCACCGGGGACCGGUUGCUGCAGGACAACCACCCUGCGAGGUCCACAGUGGAGUCCUUCCAGGCAGCCCUGCAGACGCAGUGGAGCUGGGUGCUACAGCUGUGCUGCUGCAUUGAGGCGCAUUUGAAGGAGAACACGGCCUACUUCCAGUUCUUCUCAGACGUGCGGGAGGCUGAGGAGCAGCUACAGAAGCUGCAGGAGACCAUGCGCAGGAAGUACAGCUGUGACCGCACCAUCACCGUCACCCGCCUGGAGGACCUGCUGCAGGAUGCCCAGGAUGAGAAGGAACAGCUGAACGAGUACCGGGGCCACCUCUCGGGGCUGGCCAAACGGGCCAAGGCCAUUGUGCAGCUGAAGCCCCGCAACCCAGCGCACCCUGUACGGGGCCGUGUGCCGCUGCAGGCCGUGUGCGAUUACAAGCAGGCGGAGGUGACGGUGCACAAGGGGGAUACGUGCCAGCUGCUGGGCCCCGCGCAGUCGUUCCACUGGCAAGUGCUGAGCAGCUCGGGGGGUGAGGCUGCGGUGCCCUCCGUGUGCUUCCUUGUGCCUCCCCCCAACCAGCAGGCACUGGAGGCCGUCAGUAGGCUGGAGGCUCAGCACCAGGCGCUGCUCACGCUGUGGCACCAGCUUCAUGUGGACAUGAAGAGCCUUUUGGCAUGGCAGAGCCUCACCCGUGACGUGCAGCUCAUUCGCUCCUGGUCACUUGUCACGUUUCGUACCCUGAAACCUGAGGAGCAGCGCCAGGCCCUGCGCAGCUUGGAGCAACACUAUCAGGCCUUCCUGAGGGACAGCCAGGACGCUGGAGGCUUUGGACCGGAGGACCGACUGCAGGCCGAGCGCGAGUACGGCUCCUGCAGCCGCCACUACCAGCAGCUGCUUCAGAGCUUGGAGCAAGGUGAGCAGGAGGAAUCCCAAUGUCAGCGCUACAUCUCGGAGCUCAAGGACAUCCGGCUGCAGCUUGAGGCCUGUGAGAGCCGCACUGUGCACCGUCUGCGGAUGCCCCUGGACAAAGAGCCCGCGCGUGAGUGUGCCCAACGCAUCACCGAGCAGCAGAAAGUGCAGGCAGAGGUGGAAGGGCUGGGCAAGGGGGUUGCCCAGCUCUCGACCCAGGCUGAGAAGAUCCUGAACCUGCCCGAGCCGUUGCCUGCCGCCCUGACGCUGCGCUCAGAGCUGGAGCUGACCCUGGGCAAGCUGGAGCAGGUCCGCAGCCUGUCUGCCAUCUACCUGGAGAAGCUCAAGACCAUCAGCCUUGUGAUCCGCAGCACACAGGCGGCUGAGGAGGUGCUCCAGGCCCACGAAGAGCAGCUGAAGGAGGUCCAGGCUGUGCCUGCCACCCUUGCAGAGCUAGAGGCCACCAAGGCCAUGCUGAAGAAGCUCCGGGUGCAGGCAGAGGGGCAGCAGCCGGUGUUCGACGCCCUGCGGAAUGAGCUUCGGGGCGCGCAGGAGGUGGGCGAGCAGUUGCAGCAGCAGCACAGAGAGCGGGAUGUGGAGGUGGACCGCUGGCGGGACAGGGUCACGCAGCUGCUGGAGCGUUGGCAGGCAGUGCUAGCACAGGCUGAUGUGCGGCAGCGGGAGCUGGAACAGCUGGGCCGCCAGCUGCGCUACUACCGGGAGAGCGCCGAUCCACUGGGAGCCUGGCUACAGGACGCCAAGCAGCGGCAGGAGCGUAUCCAGGCCAUGCCACUGGCGGACUGCAAGGCAGCACGGGAGCAGCUGAAGCAGGAGAAGGCCCUGCUGGAGGAGAUAGAGUCCCAUGCAGAGAAGGUGGAAGAAUGCCAGAAAUUCGCCAAGCAGUACAUAAAUGCCAUCAAGGACUACGAGCUGCAGCUGGUCACAUACAAGGCACAGCUAGAGCCAGUGGCCUCCCCGGCUAAGAAGCCCAAGGUCCAGUCUGGGUCCGAGAGUGUCAUCCAGGAGUACGUGGAUCUACGCAUGCGCUACAGUGAACUGACCACUCUCACUGGCCAAUACAUCAAGUUCAUCAGUGAGACGCUGCGGCGCAUGGAGGAAGAGGAGAGGCUGGCGGAGCAGCAGCGGGCAGAGGAGCGGGAGCGGCUGGCCGAGGUGGAGGCUGCACUGGAGAAACAGCGGCAGCUGGCCGAGGCGCAUGCCCAGGCGAAGGCGCAAGCGGAGAGGGAGGCGCAGGAGCUCCAGCAGCGCAUGCAGGAGGAAGUGGCCCGGCGGGAAGAGGUGGCCCUGGAUGCCCAACAGCAGAAGCGAAGCGUCCAAGAGGAGCUGCAGCACUUGCGGCAGAGCUCAGAGGCCGAGAUCCAGGCCAAGGCUCGGCAGGCCGAGGAGGCGGAGCGCAGCCGGUUGCGCAUCGAGGAGGAGAUCCGCAUCGUGCGCCUGCAGCUGGAGACCACAGAGCGCCAACGCGGCGGGGCUGAGGGCGAGCUGCAGGCACUGCGCACACGGGCCGAGGAGGCCGAGGCGCAGAAACGCCAGGCCCAGGAGGAGGCCGAGCGCUUGCGGCGGCAGGUGCAGGAUGAGAGUCAGCGUAAGCGGCAGGCCGAGGCGGAGCUGGCGCUGCGGGUGCAGGCCGAGGCGGAGGCAGCCCGGGAGAAGCAGCGGGCCCUGCAGGCACUGGAGGAGGUGCGACUGCAGGCCGAGGAGGCAGAGCGUCGCAUGCGGCAGGCCGAGGCCGAGCGAGCGCGCCAGGCACAGGUGGCGCUGGAGACCGCGCAGCGCAAUGCAGAGGUGGAGCUGCAGACGAAGCGCGCAUCCUUCGCGGAGAAGACGGCGCUGCUGGAGCGCACGCUGCAGGAGGAGCACCUGACAGUGGCGCAGCUGCGGGAGGAAGCGGAGCGGCGUGUGCAGCAGCAGCAGCAGGCAGACCGUGCCCGGGAGGCAGCAGAGCGGGAGCUGGAGUCCUGGCAGCUGAAGGCCAACGAAGCGCUGCGGCUGCGGCUGCAGGCCGAGGAGGUCGCGCAGCAGAAGACCCUGGCGCAGGCGGAGGCCGAGAAGCAGAAAGAGGAGGCCGAGCGCGAGGCCCGGCGGCGCGGCAAGGCCGAGGAGCAGGCCGUGCGGCUGCGGGAACUGGCCGAGCAGGAGCUGGAGAAGCAGCGGCAGCUGGCCGAGGGCACGGCGCAGCAGCGCCUGGCAGCCGAGCAGGAGCUCAUCCGGCUGCGAGCCGAGACCGAGCAGGGUGAGCAGCAGCGGCAGCUGCUGGAGGAGGAGCUGGCCCGGCUGCAGUGCGAGGCCGCUUCGGCCACGCAGAAGCGCCAGGAGCUGGAGGCCGAGCUGGCCAAGGUGCGCGCGGAGAUGGACGUGCUGCUGGCCAGUAAGGCGCGGGCCGAGGAGGAGUCACGCUCCACCAGCGAGAAGUCCAAGCAGCGACUGGAGGCCGAGGCCGGGCGCUUCCGCGAGCUGGCCGAGGAGGCCGCGCGCCUGCGGGCCCUGGCCGAGGAGGCCAAGCGGCAGCGGCAGUUGGCCGAGGAGGACGCGGCACGGCAGCGCUCUGAGGCGGAGCGGGUGCUGGCCGAGAAGCUGGCGGCUAUCAGUGAGGCCACACGGCUCAAGACCGAGGCGGAGAUCGCCCUCAAGGAGAAGGAAGCGGAGAAUGAGCGGCUACGUCGCUUAGCAGAGGACGAGGCCUUCCAGCGGCGUCUACUGGAGGAGCAGGCGGCUCACCACAAGGCAGACAUCGAGGAGCGGCUGGCACUGCUGCGGAAGGCGUCGGACAAGGAGCUGGAGCGCCAGAAGGGGCUGGUGGAGGACACGGUGCGGCAGCGGCGGCAGGUGGAAGAGGAGAUCCUGGCCCUCAAGGCCAGCUUCGAGAAGGCCGCAGCAGGGAAGGCAGAGCUGGAGCUGGAGCUGGGCCGCAUCCGCAGCAGCGCCGAGGACACGCAGCGCAGCAAGGAGCAGGCAGAGCAGGAGGCCGCGCGGCAACGCCAGCUGGCAGCCGAGGAAGAGCAGCGGCGCCGGGAGGCCGAGGAGCGGGUGCAGAAGAGCCUGGCGGCGGAGGAGGAGGCGGCACGGCAGCGCAAGGCCGCCCUGGAGGAGGUGGAACGGCUCAAGGCCAAGGUGGAAGAGGCGCGACGUCUGCGCGAGCGAGCCGAGCAAGAGUCCGCUCGGCAGCUCCAGCUGGCCCAGGACGCGGCGCAGAAGCGGCUCCAGGCGGAGGAGAAGGCCCACGCCUUUUCCGUGCAGCAGAAGGAGCAGGAGCUGCAGCAGACCCUGCAGCAGGAGCAGAGCAUGCUGGAGCGGCUGCGCAGCGAAGCCGAGGCGGCGAGGAAGGCCGCCGAGGCGGCCGAAGAGGCCCGCAAGCUGGCCGAGCACGAAGCGGCCCAGUCCCGGCACCAGGUGGAGGAGGCCGAGAGGUUGAAGCAGUCGGCCGAGGAGCAGGCGCAGGCUCGGGCACAGGCACAGGAGGCUGCCGAGAAGCUGCGCAAGGAAGCCGAGCAGGAGGCGGCCCGGCGGGCCCAGGCCGAGCAGGCGGCCCUGCGGCAGAAGCAGGCAGCCGAUGCUGAGAUGGAGAAACACAAGAAGUUCGCCGAGCAGACACUGCGGCAGAAGGCGCAGGUGGAGCAGGAGCUCACGGCCCUGCGGCUGCAGCUGGAGGAGACGGACCACCAGAAGGGCAUCCUGGACGAGGAGCUGCAGCGGCUCAAGGAGGAGGUGACGGAGGCCACGCGCCAGCGUAGCCAGGUGGAGGAAGAGCUGUUUUCCGUGCGCGUGCAGAUGGAGGAGCUGGGCAAGCUCAAGGCGCGCAUCGAGGCCGAAAACCGAGCGCUCAUCCUGCGGGACAAGGACAACACGCAGCGCUUCCUGCAGGAGGAGGCGGAAAAGAUGAAGCAGGUGGCGGAGGAGGCAGCGCGGCUCAGCGUGGCGGUCCAGGAGGCCGCCCGGCUGCGGCAGCUGGCCGAGGAGGACUUGGCGCAGCAGCGGUCGCUGGCCGAGAAGAUGCUCAAAGAGAAGAUGCAGGCGGUGCAGGAGGCCACCCGGCUGAAGGCUGAGGCAGAGCUGCUGCAGCAGCAGAAGGAGCUAGCGCAGGAGCAGGCCCGGAGGCUGCAGGAGGACAAGGAGCAGAUGGCUCAGCAGCUGGAGCAGGAGACACAGGGCUUCCAGCGCACCUUGGAGGCGGAGCGGCAGCGGCAGCUGGAGAUGAGCGCUGAGGCCGAGCGCCUCAAGCUGCGCGUGGCCGAGAUGAGCCGGGCGCAGGCUCGUGCCGAGGAGGAUGCCCAGCGUUUCCGUAAGCAGGCUGAGGAGAUUGGGGAGAAGCUGCACCGCACCGAGCUGGCCACACAGGAGAAGGUAACGCUGGUGCAGACGCUGGAGAUCCAGCGGCAGCAGAGUGACCAUGACGCCGAGCGCCUGCGAGAGGCCAUCGCCACCCUGGAGCGGGAGAAGGCAAAGCUCAAGGAGGAGGCUCAGCUGCUGCAGCUCAAGUCGCAGGAGAGGCAGGCGGUGCAGCAGGAGCAGCUGUUGCAGGAGACGCAGGCCCUGCAGCAGACCUUCAUGACGGAGAAGGACAGCCUGCUGCAGCGCGAGCGCUUCAUCGAGCAGGAGAAAGCCAAGCUGGAGCAGCUGUUCCAGGACGAGGUGGCCAAGGCGCAGAAACUGCGCGAGGAGCAGCAGCGGCAGCAGCAGCAGAUGGAGCAGGAGAAGCAGCAGCUGGUGGCCAGCAUGGAGGAGGCACGGCGGCGGCAGCAUGAGGCCGAGGAGGGUGUGCGGCACAAGCAGGAGGAGCUACAGCGCCUGGAGCAGCAGCGGCUGCAACAGGAGCAGCUGCUGGCUGAGGAGAACCAGCGACUCCGUGAGCGGCUGCAACGCCUGGAGGAGGAGCACAGGGCUGCACUGGCCCAAUCCCAGGAGGUGGCCGCCACCAAGGUCACUGCCAUCAAGGCUCUGCCCAAUGGCCAGGAUGCCCGUGACUCUGCUGCAGAGCCAGAGCCCGCCUUCGAUGGCCUGAGGCAGAAAGUGCCUGCCCGGCAGCUAUGGGAGGCCGGGGUCCUGAGUACCGAGGACCUGCAGCGACUGGAGCAGGGCCAGACCACCGUGACUGAGCUUGCCCGUCGCAAGGAUGUGCACCGCUACCUGCAGGGCCACGGCAGCUUGGCUGGGGUUUUGCUGCAGCCCAGCAAUGAGAAACUGAGCAUCUAUGCGGCCCUGCAGCGGCAGCUGCUGAGCCCGGGCACGGCCCUCAUCCUGCUGGAGGCCCAGGCUGCCUCGGGCUUCCUGCUUGACCCCGUGCGAAACCAGCGACUGACUGUCAGUGAGGCUGUGCGAGAGGGACUAGUGGGCCCUGAGCUGCACCACAAGCUGCUGUCCGCCGAGCGCGCCGUCACCGGCUACACCGACCCCUACACGGGCCAGCAGAUCUCCCUCUUCCAGGCCAUGAAGAAGGAGCUGAUCGUGCGCGACCACGGCAUCCGCCUGCUGGAGGCCCAGAUCGCCACGGGCGGCAUCGUGGACCCCGUGCACAGCCACCGCGUGCCCGUGGACGUGGCCUACCAGCGCGGCUACUUCGACGAGGAGAUGAGCCGCGUGCUGGCGGACCCGGGCGACGACACCAAGGGCUUCUUCGACCCCAACACGCACGAGAACCUCACCUACCUGCAGCUGCUGGAGCGCUGCGUGGAGGACCCCGAGACUGGAAUGCGCCUACUGCCCCUCACUGACAAGGCUGCCAAGGGCGGCGAGCUUGUCUACACCGACUCUGAGGCCCGGGAUGUGUUCAAGAAGGCCACCGUGUCAGCUCCGUUCGGCAAGUUCCAGGGCAGGAAUGUUACCAUCUGGGAGCUCAUCAACUCGGAGUACUUCACGGCUGAGCAGCGACGCGACCUACUGCGACAGUUCCGCUCGGGCAAGGUCACGGUAGAGAAGAUCAUCAAGAUUGUCAUCACGGUGGUGCAGGAGCAAGAGCAGAAGGGGCAGCUCUGCUUCCAGGGCCUGCGUGCGCUGGUUCCCGCCUCUGAGCUUCUGGACAGUGGCAUCAUCGACCGUGGCCUCUACCGCCAGCUGCAGCAAGGCGAGCGCUCAGUGCAGGAGGUCACCGAGACUGAGGCUGUGAGGCAGGCCCUGCGGGGCGCCAACGUUAUUGCUGGUGUGUGGUUGGAGGAGGCGGGUCAGCGGCUGAGCAUUUACGAGGCCCUGAAGAGAGACUUGCUGUCCCCUGAGGUGGCUAUUCCCCUGCUGGAGGCGCAGGCUGGCACGGGGCACAUUCUCGACCCCGCCACCAGUGCCCGGCUGACUGUGGAUGAGGCAGUGCGUGCCGGCCUGGUGGGCCCCGAGUUGCAUGAGAAGCUGCUCUCAGCCGAGAAGGCUGUGAUGGGCUAUCGGGACCCCUAUUCGGGCCAGACUGUGUCCCUGUUUCAGGCUCUGAAGAAGGGCCUCAUUCCUAUGGAGCAGGGUCUGCGGUUGCUAGAUGCCCAGCUGGCUACAGGCGGCAUUGUGGACCCUAGCAAGAGUCAUCGUGUACCCGUGGAGGUGGCCUAUGCCCGGGGCUACCUGGACCAAGACACCAGCAAAGCGCUGGCAGCACCCCGGGAUGAUGCCAGGACCUACUGUGAUCCUCAGGCCCAGCAACCGGUCACCUACAGGCAGCUCCAGCAGCGUUGCCGGCCCGACCAGCUCACUGGGCUGACCCUGCUGCCUGUCUCCGAGAAGGCAGCACGGGUCCGCCAUGAGGAGGUCUACUCUGAGAUCCAGGCCCGAGAGGCCUUCCAGAAGGCCACGGUGGAGGUGCCCAUUGGCACCUUCCAGGGCAGGACAGUCACGGUGUGGGAGCUCAUCAACUCCGAGUACUUUACUGAGGAGCAGCGGCAGGAGCUGCUGCGGCAGUUCCGCCAGGGCAAGGUCUCGGUGGAGAAAAUCAUCAAGAUCCUCAUUACUAUUGUGGAGGAGGUGGAGACCGUGCGCCGGGAGCGCCUAUCCUUCAGCGGCCUCCGGGCCCCGGUGCCUGCCAGUGAGCUCCUGGACGCUGGCGUUCUCAGCAGGACCCAGUUCGAGCAGCUCCAGAAUGGCAAGACAUCUGUGAAGGAGCUUUCGGAGAUGGACUCAGUGCGACUGCUCCUCCAGGGCCGCGGCUGCCUGGCUGGCAUCUACCUGGAGGAUUCCAAGGAGACCGUGACGGUCUACGAGGCUAUGCGGCGUGGCCUGCUGCGGCCCAGCACGGCCACGCUGCUGCUCGAGGCCCAGGCAGCCACUGGCUUCCUGGUGGACCCCGUGCGGAACCAGCGCUUCUAUGUCCAUGAGGCCGUGAAGGCGGGCGUGGUGGGCCCCGAGUUGCAUGAGAAACUGCUGUCGGCAGAGAAGGCCGUCACCGGCUACAAGGACCCCUAUUCAGGCACCACUAUCUCACUCUUCCAGGCCAUGAAGAAGGGCCUGGUCCUCAGGGAGCAUGGUAUCCGCCUGCUGGAGGCCCAGAUCGCCACAGGUGGCAUCAUUGACCCCGUGCAUAGCCACCGCGUGCCUGUGAACGUGGCCUACCAGCGCGGCUACUUCGACGAGGAGAUGAACCGCGUGCUGGCGGACCCGAGCGACGACACCAAGGGCUUCUUCGACCCCAACACGCACGAGAACCUCACCUACCGGCAGCUGCUGGAGCGCUGCGUGGAGGACCCCAAGACCGGGCUGCGGCUUCUGCCACUAAAGGGAGCUGAGCAGGCUGAAGUGGUAGAGACCACCACACAGGUGUACUCAGAGGAGGAGACGCGGCGAGCGUUCGAGGAGACACAGAUUGACAUCCCCGGGGCUGCUGGUGGCCAGGGCACUUCGUCCAUGUCCCUGUGGGAAGUGAUGCAGUCAGACCUGAUCCCCCAGGAGCAGCGGGCCCGGUUGAUGGCUGACUUCCAGGCGGGACGGGUGACCAAAGAGCGCAUGAUCAUCAUCAUCAUCGAGAUCAUUGAAAAGACUGAGAUCAUCCGCCAACAGAACCAGUCAUCCUACGAUUAUGUGCGCCGUCGCCUGACGGCCGAGGACCUGUAUGAAGCCCGGAUCAUCUCUCGUGAGAUCUACGACCUGCUCCGGGCAGGCACCAAGAGCCUCCGGGAAGUGCUGGAGUCGGAGUCUGCGUGGCGCUUCCUCUACGGCACAGGCUGUGUGGCCGGCAUCUACCUGCCUGGCUCUAAACAGACGCUAACCGUCUACCAGGCCCUCAAGAAGGGGCUGCUGAGUGCCGAGGUAGCCCGCCAGCUAUUGGAGGCACAGGCGGCCACUGGCUUUCUGCUGGACCCGCUGAAGGGCGAGCGUUUGACUGUGGACGAGGCCGUGCGAAAGGGCCUGGUGGGCCCCGAGCUGCAUGACCGGCUGCUUUCGGCAGAGCGAGCUGUGACGGGCUACCGCGACCCUUACACGGAGCAGACCAUCUCUCUUUUCCAAGCCAUGAAGAAGCAGUUGGUUCCUGCUGAGGAGGCCCUGCGGCUGCUGGAUGCCCAGCUGGCUACUGGUGGCAUCGUGGACCCCCGCCUGGGUUUCCACUUGCCCCUGGACGUGGCCUACCAGAGGGGCUACCUCAACAAGGACACGCAUGACCAGCUGUCGGAGCCCAGUGAGGUGCGCAGCUACGUGGACCCCUCCACGGAGGAACGUCUCAGCUACGUGCAGCUGCUCAAGAGGUGCCGGCGGGAUGAAGGCAGCGGGCAGAUGCUCCUGCCACUCUCGGACACCCGCAAGCUGACCUUCCGCGGCUUGCGCAAGCAGAUCACGGUGGAAGAGCUGGUGCGCUCACAGGUGCUCGAUGAGGCCACGGCACUGCAGCUGCAGGAGGGCCUCACCUCUGUCGAGGAGGUCACCAAGAACCUGCAGAAAUUCCUCGAGGGCACCAGCUGCAUCGCUGGCAUCUACGUAGAUGCCACCAAGGAGCGGUUGUCGGUCUACCAAGCCAUGAAGAAGGGCAUCAUCCGGCCUGGCACAGCUUUCGAGCUCCUGGAGGCGCAAGCAGCCACGGGCUACGUCAUCGAUCCCAUCAAGGGGCUCAAGCUGACCGUGGAGGAAGCCGUGCGCAUGGGCAUCGUGGGCCCUGAGUUCAAGGACAAGCUGCUGUCGGCUGAGCGUGCUGUCACUGGCUACAAGGACCCCUACUCGGGGAAGCUCAUCUCGCUCUUCCAGGCCAUGAAGAAGGGCCUCAUCCUAAAGGACCACGGCAUUCGUCUGCUGGAGGCCCAGAUUGCCACAGGCGGUGUCAUCGACCCAGAGGAGAGCCACCGGCUGCCGGUGGAUGUGGCCUACAAGCGCGGUCUGUUUGAUGAGGAGAUGAACGAGAUCCUGACGGACCCUUCGGAUGACACCAAGGGCUUCUUCGACCCCAACACGGAGGAGAACCUCACCUACUUGCAGCUGAUGGAGCGCUGUAUCACUGACCCACAGACGGGGCUGUGCCUGCUGCCACUGAAGGAGAAGAAGCGUGAGCGGAAGACGUCCUCCAAAUCGUCGGUGCGCAAGCGCCGUGUGGUGAUCGUAGACCCCGAGACUGGCAAGGAGAUGUCUGUGUACGAGGCCUACCGCAAGGGCCUCAUCGACCACCAGACCUACCUGGAGCUGUCAGAGCAGGAGUGUGAGUGGGAGGAGAUCACCAUCUCAUCCUCGGACGGUGUUGUCAAGUCCAUGAUCAUCGACCGCCGAUCUGGCCGCCAGUACGACAUCGAUGAUGCCAUCACCAAGAACCUCAUUGACCGCUCGGCGCUGGACCAGUAUCGUGCCGGCACGCUCUCCAUCACCGAAUUUGCUGACAUGCUCUCCGGCAAUGUCGGUGGCUUCCGCUCCCGCUCCUCCUCUGUGGGCUCGUCCUCCUCCUACCCCAUCAGCCCUGCCGUGUCCAGGACGCAGCUGGCUUCCUGGUCUGACCCCACAGAGGAGACGGGCCCCGUGGCUGGCAUCCUGGACACGGAGACCCUGGAGAAGGUGUCCAUCACCGAGGCCAUGCACCGCAAUUUGGUGGACAACAUCACGGGCCAGCGGCUGCUGGAGGCGCAGGCCUGCACGGGGGGUAUCAUCGACCCUGUCACAGGUGAGCGCUUCCCCAUCACCGACGCCGUCAACAAGGGCCUAGUGGACAGGAUCAUGGUGGACCGCAUCAACCUGGCCCAGAAGGCCUUCUCCGGCUUUGAGGACCCACGCACCAAGACCAAGAUGUCGGCCGCCCAGGCCCUGAAGAAGGGUUGGCUGUACUACGAGGCGGGCCAGCGCUUCCUGGAGGUGCAGUACCUGACCGGUGGCCUGGUGGAGCCUGACACACCGGGCCGUGUAUCCCUGGAUGAUGCGCUGCAACGUGGCACCGUGGAUGCCCGCACAGCCCAGAAGCUGCGUGACGUCAGCACCUACUCCAAAUACCUCACCUGCCCCAAGACCAAGCUGAAGAUCUCCUACAAGGAUGCGCUGGAGCGUAGCAUGGUAGAGGAGGGCACAGGCCUGAGGCUGCUGGAAGCUGCUGCCCAGUCCAGCAAGGGCUACUACAGCCCUUACAGUAUCAGCGGUUCCGGCUCCACGGCGGGCUCCCGCACUGGCUCCCGCACCGGCUCCCGGGCUGGCUCUCGCCGCGGCAGCUUCGACGCCACUGGUUCCGGCUUCUCCAUGACCUUCUCCUCUUCCUCCUACUCCUCCACGGGCUAUGGCCGCCGCUACACCUCGGGGUCCACGUCCUCCCUGGGAGGCCCCGAAUCUGCUGUGGCCUGAGCUCCCGCCUGCACCCCGCCCUCUGCCUCUGCAUGUGGCCAGACUCCUGUUCAGGCUUCGGGCUCUUUCUCUUACAUUCAAGGUGUCUUCCUCCCAAGUGGUGCCUAUGGUUUUACCAAAAAGACUGAUCCAUGAAUCUCUGCCGUCUACACGGCCCAUCUGGGCCAGGGGGCUGUCCCAGGCUCUAGCCCUGGCCCCUCGACCUGCCCCUCACCACAGCCAGGUGCCUUGGGGGGUCCAGAGCUGGCCCCCCCAGCCCCUAGACAGGACCCAUAGACACCCCUUCCCCUCUUUGCUGCUCGGUGCUGUGAGCCUCCCUCCCUGGCAGGGUCCCUGGCUGGCUUCCCCACUGUGCCCAGGACCAGCCUCUCCCUCCUGGGCCCUGCUAGGUCAAGGCAGGGGCUGGGGUGCAGACCACACAUCCCAGUCUCCUGCAGUCCUGGUCCAGUCCCGCUUUAGAGCUUGAGCACCCAACUCCUCUCCACACCCGAACCUUCACCCAAGGCCCAGUGCCUCAGCUCCCUCUAAGUGCCUUCCAUGUGCUCCCUUGUGCCCAAGCCCUGAGGCCCCUGGUGGGGAUAGGAGACCCCAAUCCUGAGCGAGGGCCCCCAUCAGCACCUUUCAACUGGAGGACCGGCCAGCACCAGUGCACGCUCCCCCUAGGGGGCGCAACCGGCCCUGUGUCCCGGGCACCAGGCACUAGGCUCGGCCCUCCUGUUCCACCAGCUCCAGGCCUGGGGCCUUGCACCCUGUGCUCUGCCUCUGCUCCUGAGCUUCUCUGCAUGUGCCCCUGACCUGGGUGUGCCAGGAUGGUCCUCGGUCUGCCUUUCUGAGGGCGGACACUAACCCGACCAUGGGCGGGCCCACCGCUCGCCCCAAUAAAGCAAUUCCAACUUCA